UGAAUCAUUUUUUCAUAAUUAGAAAACAAUAAUCAACAAUUAAUUUAAUUAAGCAAUGAGCCCUGCACCGUUGAUUCACCCCAAAACAGAGAUCACCACCACCAAGAAGAACCAACCGCCACCACCUUCUCCUCUCAGAACUGUCAAUAAGGAUUCCCAUUUCAUCAAAAAACCGUCACAUCAGCAGCAGCAGCGUCAACCACCGGUGAUUAUCUACACGCAUUCUCCAAGGAUCAUCCACACUGACCCUCGCAACUUCAUGGAAUUGGUCCAGAAACUCACCGGAAAACAACAACACGAAAAUGACGUCGUUUGCGACCCGCCGCCGCCGAAGCUCCGUUCUCAUGACAUGGAGGACGAUGAACCGUCGUGGUUUUCGACGGAGGCGAUUCCGGAGCCACCACCGAUCCAUUUUCCGGUGUGCCCGGAUAAACCGUUAUUAUGGGGCCACGCCGACAUGGAUCCGUUACUGUUCGAUCUGAGGAGCAGCGAGUUUCGUGAGUAUCAACAGUCUUAAUUAGAAUUGCUAUUUUUUUUGUCCCAAUAAGAGUUCUAAUUUUUUCAUCCAAAUUUUGAUUUUGGUAGAUUAUUUGAAUUUAGAAUAACAAAGAAAUUUGAUGUAGC